AUGCCGAUGCCAGGUCAACAGAAGAGAUUGUUUAACUCUCUGAACUCCACUUCCCCAGAUGCCCUCCAUCAAAUUGUCCCCACCAACCAGACAAAUAUUCUGUGCCAUGGGUUCUUCAUUCCCGAUGAGUUGUUCUUGACCCUAGGGCUGCUGAGCCUGGUGGAGAAUGUCAUGGUGGUGGUGGCCAUCAUCAAGAAUCGCAACCUCCAUUCCCCCAUGUACUAUUUUGUCUGCUGCCUGGCUCUAUCAGACUUUCUGGUAAGUGUCAGUAACCUGCUGGAGAUCCUGGUGGUGCUACUGCUGGAGAAAGGGGUGCUGGCAAUGCAGGCGCCGACGGUGCAACAGCUUCACAAUAUCAUUGAUGUGUUGAUCUGUGGUUCCAUGAUGUCCUCAAUUUCCUUCCUAGGAGCCAUCGCAGUUGACCGCUACAUCAGUAUCUUCUACGCCCUGCGCUACCACAGUAUUGUCACUCCUUGUCGAGCUCAAGGAGUCCUUGUGGGCAUCUGGGUGUCCAGUGCCCUCUCUGGUACCCUCUUCAUCUCCUAUUACAACCAUGUUGCAGUUCUGCUCUGUCUCAUUGGCUUCUUCUUGUCCAUGUUGGGGCUCAUGGUGGUCCUCUACAUUCACAUGUUCAUCCAGGCAUGCCAGCAUGCCAGGAGGAUUGCUCGGCUAUGCAACAGAUACACCAUUCACCAGCUGUCGAUCCUCAAGGGGGCUGUCACUCUCACAGUCCUGUUGGGCAUCUUCUUCCUCUGCUGGACCCCCUUCUUCCUGCACCUCACACUUCUUGUCCUUUGUCCCAAGCAUCCGACAUGCAGCUGCUACUUCCAGAACUUCAACCUCUUUCUCAUCCUCAUCAUCUGCAAUGCCAUCAUCGACCCUCUCAUCUAUGCUUUCCGCAGCCAAGAGCUUCGCAAGACACUCAAGGAGGUGAUUCUGUGUUCCUGCUUGGCCACUGACUCUGACUCCCCUGCUCUUGUCCAUGCCACAGACCUGACCUGGCUGGAAAACCCAGCGGCCGAUGAGCUCCCAGCCUUCUGCAGCCUGCAAGAACGCGUCCCACUUCUUAACCUCGGCCGCUCCCCUUGCAGCAAGCCAGCAAGACCAGCGAGGAUGAGGGAAAUCGUCCACAUCCAGGCCGGCCAGUGCGGCAACCAGAUCGGAGCCAAGUUUUGGGAAGUGAUCAGUGAUGAACAUGGCAUAGACCCCAGUGGCAACUAUGUGGGUGACUCAGACCUACAGCUAGAGAGGAUCAGUGUUUACUACAAUGAAGCCUCAUCUCACAAGUAUGUGCCCAGGGCCAUCCUGGUUGACCUGGAACCUGGAACCAUGGACAGCGUUCGAUCUGGUGCUUUUGGACAUCUCUUCAGACCUGACAACUUCAUCUUUGGUCAGAGUGGUGCAGGAAACAACUGGGCCAAGGGUCACUACACUGAGGGGGCUGAACUGGUGGAUUCAGUGCUAGAUGUGGUGAGGAAAGAGUGUGAGAAUUGUGACUGUCUCCAGGGCUUUCAGCUCACUCAUUCCCUGGGUGGGGGCACUGGCUCUGGUAUGGGCACCCUUCUCAUCAGCAAGGUACGAGAGGAGUACCCUGACCGAAUCAUGAACACUUUCAGCGUGGUGCCCUCCCCUAAAGUGUCUGAUACAGUGGUGGAGCCCUACAAUGCGACCCUGUCCAUCCACCAGCUGGUGGAGAACACAGAUGAGACCUAUUGUAUCGACAAUGAAGCCCUCUACGAUAUCUGCUUCCGCACCCUCAAGCUAGCCACCCCCACCUACGGCGACCUCAAUCACCUGGUCUCUGCCACCAUGAGCGGUGUGACCACUUCCUUGCGUUUCCCUGGCCAGCUCAAUGCCGACCUCCGGAAACUGGCUGUCAAUAUGGUUCCCUUCCCUCGCCUACACUUCUUCAUGCCUGGCUUUGCUCCACUCACAGCCCGUGGCAGCCAGCAGUACCGAGCCCUGACAGUUCCUGAGCUCACCCAACAGAUGUUUGAUGCCAAGAACAUGAUGGCAGCCUGCGACCCUCGCCAUGGGCGUUACCUGACAGUGGCUACCGUCUUCCGCGGCCGCAUGUCUAUGAAGGAAGUGGAUGAGCAGAUGUUGGCCAUUCAGAGCAAGAACAGCAGCUACUUCGUGGAAUGGAUCCCCAACAAUGUGAAGGUGGCUGUCUGUGACAUCCCGCCCCGUGGCCUGAAGAUGUCUUCUACUUUCAUUGGCAAUAGCACGGCCAUCCAGGAGCUCUUCAAGCGCAUCUCUGAGCAGUUCACCGCCAUGUUCCGUCGCAAGGCCUUCCUUCACUGGUACACUGGGGAAGGGAUGGAUGAGAUGGAGUUCACAGAAGCUGAGAGCAACAUGAAUGACUUGGUGUCUGAGUACCAGCAGUACCAGGAUGCCACAGCAGAAGAGGAAGGGGAGAUGUAUGAGGAUGAUGAAGAAGAAUCAGAGGCCCAGGGGGCCAAGUGAAGUCACUAGGGGUCUGACAGGAAGCACUGAGUGGGCAGGACCCAGGAAGAAGCCUGCUGCUGGCUGGGGUUGGGACAGAGAGUCUCCCUCACCAGGGCAAGUUUUUUCCGGAUCAUCCAGUCAUCUGACAGAGUCCUCCAUCUUUGCUUCCAGUUAACUGAGAGCUAGGCACCCGGCUUCUAGUUGCUUCACAUUAAAGGUUCCCAAACUUCAAUCAUUCAGUAUUUAAUAAUAUCCCCCCUCCUGCCUCCCAGCCCUGAUGUCCCCAUUAUGAUGUGUUAGCUCAAUUUCUGUACCCUUUCUACCCUGGACCCUUUUCCUCUUGCAUUUUUUAACAUAUAUUUUCCAUAGUCCCAAUGUUCUUAUUUUUUACUGGUUUGUGUUGAUUUUUAUUUUUUGGAAUACUCAAUAAAUUUAUUGCUGUCUGAUACCCUCA